AUGGGAACUCGGCUAACGCGCAGGACCUCCCUCGAUCGAGAAACAGGCGCGAACCUCCUCCGCCCGACCCUGGCCCGCCGGGCCCUUCCCGCCAUCUCGGCCUCCGUCUCCGGCGCCCGCAACGCCUCCAACGUCCCCGCCGAGGACCCCAAGAAGAAGGCCCAGUCCAUCGUCGACGCCCUCCCCGGCAACUCGGUGCUCUCCAAGACCGCCAUCCUCUCCUCCUCCGCCGCCCUGAGCGUCUACGCCAUCAGCAACGAGUACUACGUCGUCAACGAGGAGACCGUCGUCGCCUUCUGCCUGCUCGCCGUCUGGGGCGGUCUGAUCAAGUACGGAGGCCCCAUGUACAGCGAGUGGGCUCAGGCCCAGGCCGACAAGAUCAAGGGCAUCCUCAACCAGGCCCGCGCCGACCACACCGAGGCCGUCAAGGGACGCAUCGGCGACGUCAACCAGAUGGCCGGCGUUGUCGACAUCACCAAGUCUCUCUUCGAGGUUUCCAAGGAGACUGCCAAGCUCGAGUCUGAGGCCUACGAGCAGGAGCAGAAGACCGCCCUCGCCGCCGAGGCCAAGGCCGUCCUCGACUCCUGGGUCCGCUACGAGGGCCAGGUCAAGCAGCGCCAGCAGAAGGAGCUGGCCCAGAACAUCAUCGCCAAGGUCACCAAGGAGCUCGAGAACCCCAAGGUCCUUCAGCAGAUCCUCCAGCAGUCCGUUGCCGAUGUCGAGAGUAAGAGGCCGCCGCCGCCCCCUCCCCCACUAUCCCCGUGA